GGUGGGGCGCGGGGGUGCGGGAUUCUCCGUCUCUGCUCCGCAUGCCAGUCCCUGCCCCGCUCCCCCGGCCCGCCUUCGCGCUUCCUCCUGCCCCGGGUGGGAGUGGGCUGUAGGGAGCGGGGCCAGGCCGGAGGGCCGGGUUUGUGCCCACUGCGGGAGCCGGCGCUGCCGUCCCUCUGCCUCCCGCAUUUCGAGCGGCGCGUCGGCUGCGAGAGGCCUGCCGCCGGGCUGCUAUGGGUCACCGACGCUCCCGAGCUGCUCUGGGUUCCGCUGCCAGCCGGACCUACCCCGGCGGGUGGCCGCCUCGGCCCUCGGCCCCGGGAGCGCGGCGACGCCCCAUGCUGCCCGUCCUGCCCGGGUGAGCCGCUCCUCGCUCUGCCGUGGGAAGAGAACGGGGGAGCGGUGGCCCCAUGGCAGAGGAUGUUGACCCAAAGGCAUAUCAAGAAGCAUUGGAUAACUACUGUCCACACCAAGGAGGUGAUCAGUUGGUACUGCAAGAGGAUGAGGAAGGCACAAAUCAGAAUAACCACAACCAUGUGGAUUCCAUUCUCUCCUUAGAGAGCUGUUUACAGCUUAUGUCAUCGCAGAUGAGAAACAUGCUAGAGGUGAGUUUACUGGAAGAUACACAAGUUGCUACCUCAGGUAGCAGUCAAGAACCAUCAUCCUCACACUACAACGCGAGUUUGAUCCAGACACGCUGCCACUGUUUCAGUCCUCACGAGGCCACGCAGCUGAAAACAGAGCCCCCCGCUGAAUCAAAUCCAGAAACGAGGCAUUUACAAAGACAAGAUUGGUUUCCUCAGUUGGACUCCAGUAUCACAAAUCCAGACUCACUACUUCAUGGGUCACACACGACAGGGCUGUUUCCAGCUGCUGACUCUGAAAACUUAACCGCCCAUGAUAAUUUUGACGAAAUUAGAUUAAUGGCUUUGGCUUUAGAGGACAGCUCUGAUCCUAUAGAAAUUUCUCCACUUUUUGAGGAAUCUGGCCUGGAUUGGGCACUCUUUUUGAAUUCAAGUCACAGCACUGCCUGUGACUCAGUCAGCAGUGAAGGUGCUAUUGGGUACAACAGUGAUACUAAUUCCGCUUCUUCAUAUGACUUAGGAGCCAUUGCUGGCCAUAGCAAAGAACUCACUAAACAUGACCACGUGGAACAUCCAGGCGAUUCAGAGUGUUCUAGGAAAGCCACACUCAAGCAGUUUCUUCAUAAACAAACUUAUAAUCAGCUGCCAAGUCAAGCAGCAUCCAGCCAAGUUCAUCAACAAGUGUGGAUGAGGCCAUCAAACAAAGUAAAGGACAGCUGCUGUAAAAGAACUGAUACAAACCUUAGCAGCGAUGAACGGCACGCAGAAUCUCUAACUGUACCAUUUUCAGUUGAUGAAAUCGUGAGCAUGCCUGUUGACUCUUUCAACACCAUGCUAGCAAAGAACCACCUAACAGACACUCAGGUAUCACUUCUGCGUGACAUCAGACGAAGAGGCAAAAACAAGGUCGCUGCCCAGAACUGCCGUAAACGCAAACUGAACGCCAUUCUGAACUUGGAAGAAGACGUGUGUAAUCUUCAAACACAGAAGGAGAGCCUUAAAAAGGAGCACUCUCAGUAUAGCAAAUCAAUCAUCCGGAUGAAGCAAAAGUUGAAAGACUUGUACCACGACAUUUUCAUUCACAUGAGGGACGACCAAGGUAGGCCUGUUAACCCAUGCCACUACGUCAUCCACUACAACAGCGACGGCAGUGUUUUCCUAAUACCCAUAGUCAAAUCAGAACAGAAGCAGGGUAAGGAAGUGGAGCAGAAACAAAAACGUGGCUGAAGAUCACAUACAUUUUAUUUUUCUACAAGGAGUGGAAGACUGCAUCUUCCAAGGGUCUGACAAACCCAGACAGGUGUGAUGUUAGAGUAUCUACCAGCUGAGGCUUCUGAAUGAGGAAAUGUUUAGUUUUAAUUAAAGGGGCUAGGCCAGCAGUGUAGUGUAGUUGUAUAGACCUAUGUAAAACUAGUUUCAUUUCAGCUGAUGGAGUGGGGAGAACAUCAGUGGGGCAAAACAGAAAGCUUUACAGUGCACAAGGAAGAAAAACAUGUUUGAGUCUUCAGUACUUGAGUCUUCAUUACACUAAGUGACCUUAUUAUUCUAGUUUAGCACUGAAAGAAGUGUAGCUCAAGUUCAGCUUCACUGUGAAUUUGUAUUCCCAAAAGAUGUUUUGCAUUUGUCCAGAACCAUUCUGCUGUUUUUAAAGUAUCUUCAACGUUAUGGAUUUAAUUUCCCUCAGAUCAUUAAAUUAAACCAAAUUACUGUUUAUCUGCACUUGUACUAAUGAGGUUACACUCUGACAGCUGCUUUGAAUGAAGAGCAUUUAGGUUUAGUAUUUAUUUAUACUAUGAAAAAGACAUUUUAGUCACUUAUGCACUUAGAACCACUUAGCCUUUUCUGUUUUACAGCCCAGAAAGGGUCUGCAGAAAACUGUCCUAAAAGACAUGCAAUUGAAUCACAGAAUUGUUUAGGUUGGAAAGGACCUACAAGAUCAUCAAAUCCAACCAUUAACCCAGCACUGAUAAGGCGGCAGCAAUGUUAAGAGGUGUACUGGUCUGCAAAGUAUCAGUGAUUGUUUUAAAGAUCAACAACUAGAUAGCAACACUCAAUAGAUUUUGUAAGCAAACUCCAUGAAAGUAAUAUAUAUAUAUAUAAAAAAGUAAUCAUUGGUCAUGCCAUGACAGUGCAGCAUUACAGCUAUGCUAAAAAGGCACUUGGUAUCAAACAGAGAAAAACUACACAUACAUGCAAUAUGAAUUUUAAUGCUAAACGAUACCAUUUCAAGGUGAAACUCUGCCAUCAACAUAUAAAUGUUUGUUUGCACUUGUGUUUACAGUAACUGGUCACAUCAAUCCUUUUUAGAAAGGGAAUACUGCCUCAGAGUUGCAAAAUGUACUGAAUUACUGAUAAUUAAAUCAGCCAGUUUGAACAAACUGCAUUUCAGAUUAAAAAACUUUUAAAUAUUUAAAUGUGUGCAUCUGUUAUCAGUUUCACCACAGCCUCAAAUCAACAGGGUAAACUCACAGUGGAAACUCCUCAGGCCCUCUGAGUUCUUGCUGUUUGUUAAGCAUCACUAUGAAGUGCACCUGUCUUAACUAGCAUCCACAAGGAAUCUACCGAAUCAAUAGGUCAGCAAUUCAACCAAAAUAUGCAACAAGUAACAGGUACAUAUGAUGAAUAUGAACUUUGUUUCUAGUUUCAGGGGGGAAAAACAAGUAAUACAGGUCUGAGUCAGUGCAGCUGUCCUAUUUUAAAUGCUUACUACAUCAAUUGAAAGUCUAUGCAUGGCCUGCACACACAAAUUCUAGUAAGCAUUAGAUUAGGCUUUUAACUGAUGAAACCUGAAACCCAUUUUUACUGGUUUAGAGCCUUGCAAACCAAGUUUCUAGUCUUAGGAUGAAAGAGAGGGAGAAAAAGAAGAGGAGAAAAGGCUUAGCCUUGUGAUGCUCAGUCUUUUAUAGAGCGCUGUACAUUUCUGUAAAGCCAGCUGCUAAUGGAAGUAAAGCAGACAGCCCAACUGGGCAACAGUUAACUGAAAGCAAGGAAGCAUGUUGUAACUCUUGAGUUUUGGAAAGCAAACCUAACAAUGCAGCAUAAUCCACACAAAGCAAAGACAUCACUCCCGGCCCCAUCCCAUUCCAUGUCAAUUUGCAUAUGAUAAUGUACUGUUAACUACCCUCGGCAAACGUGCUCUUUAACUGCAGUUUAGUGUCAAUUUCCAAGGUCAGCUAACAACUACACAUCUACAAAACCUCUCGGGUGAGUUACUGAGCAGACUGUGCACAAUUUUAAAUGCUGGUGACACGAGAUGAAAACACUAGGGCUGGAUGUACUAUGUACUUUUUCUCAAACCUUCACCUGCCUACCGAGGGAGGACAAAACUGUAGGUGAAGUUCAGAACAAUGUCCUGCCAGUUUCCCAUUUCAGUGGGCUCCAUUUUUACCCCAAACCUGGCAGUACUUCUCAAGUGUCUUCCCAUUGUGUGACUAGCCUGUAUUUACACAAAAGCAUCUCCAAACAGCAUUGCCUUGGCUUUUAUUUUCACAUCCUUAUUUGUGGAAGUUCAGCCAUGCAAGCAAGAUCAGGUUUUGCACUAAGCUUUCAUCCCAGAUAAAGGGUUCCCUAGACCACUUUUAGUAUGUUCCUGUACAGGCCUUUCAACCUAUGCACAGAAA